AUGAACGACAACCGCGAUCCUAGGGCCCUCCGCCCGAGGCUGAACCCUUUGUUGACCUCGUCUCUCGGUCCCUACUCACAUCAAAGCAACACCCCAAUCUCCGCCAUGUCGUACAGCUCCAACUCUCACAACGCCUCGACCCCAUUGAGCGCAAUCCAGCCGUACAACCCGCAAGAGUGGCUGCCUUCGCCAAUGCCGGGCCCGGGGCCGGAUAGGGGCCACCAGUUGAGCUCCCCCGACUCCACUGGCUCGCCCCUCCCGCCUCCUCCAUACUCUCCCCCGCGAAGCCAGAGACCGGCCAGCAUGUAUCUUGAUGGGGCUCCUGCUGCCAACAUGUCUCUGACUCGGGCACCUCUCCCCACGGUUCAUCGUCCCUCACCCGAGCCCGCAGGCCAAUCAUUCCCGCCUCCUCCAAAUGCUAGAGGCUCGUCUCGUGAGAGGCGGUUCGGCCUGCCAUCUUUCGGUAGGAGAAGAGAUCCAGAAACAACACCUUCCCCUGAGUCACUCGGCGGAGGCCAUCGCCACCCAUUCUCUAUCACAUCCUCGAGACCAAACCCUCUGAGUAUUCAGAUUCCACAUGGACUUCCAUCGCGGAAUGGUAGCGAUGCCUCGUCUCAAGGCUUGCCUCCAGGCUCUCGAAGGGCAGCCUCCACUGGGGCCAUCGACACGCCAACCUCAGCUCGGUCGAGAUCAGCUUCACAGACUAGGUGGAACCAGAGUCUUCCCUUGCCACCGCCGCCGCCUGGCCCUCCGCCUGCCCAGGCUCGGUCUCAAAGCACCAGCAGGAACUUCACUAGUGGUAGCGAUCCUGUCGCUUCACCGCCAACGAGGCGGCCGCCCCCGAGCGGUGUCACAGCUCUGGGACCGGUGCCACCUACACCUGCCAACUGGGUGGAUGAGGAGCGGACCGCUCCUGAGCCUCAACCCCGGCCCCAAGAACCUGUACGACAACGAUCUUCAUCCAUUGACCCACAUCCGGUCCGGAGGGUUGAUAACAGCCCGGAAGCUGAGUCCUCAAGCAGCCCGAACGCUGCCUUAAACAGGAACAACGCUGUUCGAGGCGACAAGACUCUGCGAGAAAGGCGUAAUGAAAGCCGUACGAGGUCCUCACGUUUGUCGAUUGAUGGGUCCAUUGCUAAUAUGGAUGACAUCGUUGUCCCACCACCAUCUGGCGGGCUCUCAAGGAAGAUGACCAUCGGCCGAGGGACUCCGAAAAGUGCUGGAUUUUCUCAAACCACGCCACGCAGUGCAGGGCUGGGGGAUAAAGAAGAAGAGAGCAGUGGCUCAACGCCGCGAGCCCAUGACUCGGCCAGGGGACAAUCAAGCAAGCAAAUCUCGACUCCACCAUUCUCCCCCCGACCGCUGGAGUUGCAGCAGGCACCCACGAGUUCGUCAUCAGUGGCUCCAAAAGCCUUGCCCACGCCGCCCCCUCAUAGCCGAUCUGCGUCAGCUUCCAAAGCGAGAAUGACACUUGAUCAUGUGUUGGCAACACCAAAGUCUGUGAAAUCGAUCAACAGGGACUCGGUGAUCAAACAGAACCCCGAACAAUUUUCAAUCGAGACGGUUGAGAGGUUUCAGAUCUUCGCCCAGGAGGAAGCGGCAGCAGCCGAUGACGCAGAGAGAGUCCGUCUCUUCGCCGACUUCAUUGUCAAUGAGUCUAGGAUCAGGAGAGAACGAUACUCCGCAGCCAUCGGCGCCAUGGGCUCGGAAAUAUUCGAUUUGACGCGAGAUCUAUUCCGUCCCAUGGUUAAUCGGCGUGAGUCAACAACCUCGCACGGAAGCGAAUGGACUCCGCAAUCAUCACUGCCUAGCAGGUCGCACCGCGGCUCGAUAGGGUCUGCAUUCCAGGGUGAGAGCUCGAAGCAAGGAGAGUCGAGCUCGGCUCCUCCCUCAGCAAGUUCCGUCCCAAUGUCGCCCACUGGUCCACCGCCGAAUAACCCAAAUUGGAACACCGACUACCGACCGACACUGUCCCCCAUUCUGAGCAUGAGUGUGAGCGACAACCACGACGGAGAUUCUCGCGGCCGUCCCCCGAGCCGCUGGUGGGAGUCUGCAUCUUCUGGAGAAUCGACGAGAUGGGAGAGAACAAAGAGGGAAUCCAAGUACAUGAGCGUGCCGAAGGAAGCCCGUGAGGCUCUUCAGUGGCUAGACAGCCCCGGAGAGUCCAGCGCGCGAGAGGCCUCGAACGAAUAUCCACCGGAGAAGCAGGGCUGGCACGAGCAACAGCCGGAUGAGACCUACCAACAAUUCACCCCUCAACCUACGCGGACUUCGUUGCAACAGCAGUCUCUUUCCCUGCCCAACACUCCAAAUCCGAACUACUCUGACAUCUCAAGACUGGUCACGCUUCCACCGCCUUACCCACGCCACCACCCAGCCGUGAACAAUAGUCACCCAGAUCUCGCCGAGAUCCGAACCUCUGUGCGCACCAUUAGCGAUCUUGCCGAAGUUGACGCAACCAAGGAUCGCUUCAACCGCGACAGCCGGGCUCUCCGUGACGAAGCCGAGGCAGCAGCAGCCAAGCGCCGACAAGCCCUCCGCGCCAACCUUCAGCAGGAAGUCGGGCUAGGGCGGAUGACAUACAGCGAGGCCGCAGCCAUCGAGGCAGACUCUGACGAGAGCGAGAAGCAGACCUCCAAGGAACUCGAGAAGAAGGACUUCGACCGGUUUCAGACCGCCGUGGUGGUCCCGCUGAACGACCUCCUCACGUCGCGCAUAACAAAAGCCACGCAGCUCUUCGACGAGCUCCGGUCACGGCUGUUCGUGGAGACGAGGGAGCCGAACCCCAACAUGCCACAGGAGGAGGGCGACGAGCACCCGGAGCUGCUGGAGAAGCUGACGCUUCUCAAGUGGAUCUUCGAGGCGCGCGAGCUGCUGCACCGCGCCGUGUACGACCUGCUCUCGGACCGCAACGACCGGUACCGUGAGAUGGUCAUCACGCCGUACCGGCUGGCGGGCAACGAGGAGAAGAUGGCGCACGCGUCGGCCUUCUUCGCCGAGGACGCGGGCAAGCGCGCGCUCGCCUUCGCCAGCGAGGUGCUCCAGCGCACGAAGGAGUUCCACGACGUGGUCGAGGAGAACGUCGUGCGCGGCGUCGAGGUGCAGCUUUCGGCGUUCUGGGACAUUGCGCCGCCGCUCUGCCGGCUGCUGGAUCGUGUUCCGCUCGGGCCUGGGCCGGGAGGCGAGGAUGAGGAGGGAGCAGAGUGGGACGGCCGCACGCUCGCCGACUUUCGCAUCCAGAUCCCGCAGGCCGAAGUCGUCGAGAACCCGAGCUACGUCGACCACCCGCUGCAGUACUUGUUCAGCCUGCUGCUUCACUCGGAGAAGUCGACGUACCAGUUUAUCGAGUCGCAGACGAACCUGUUCUGCCUGCUGCACGAGGUCAAGGAGGCCGUGGUCGCCGCGCAGGCGAGGGUGAUGGAGGAGGACGGGCGCGGCAGGGACGAGGUCGAGGGCAUGAAGAAGGAGGAGGGCCGCAGGCUGACGCACGACCUGCAGGAGAAGGUCCGCAUCGUGCAGGACCAGUGGAAGAGCGCCCUCGGAGACAGGGUCACGCACGUCAAGGAGCGCGUCGGCGGAUGGCUGCUCGAGACGGGCGGGUGGGACGAGAGCCUGGAGGAGAGGGGAGUUGGGUCCUUGUGA